AUGGACGAUGAUUUGACUUUCGGAGCUUCUGUCUGGGCAACAAGUGAACCUACAGAGUCUGAUUCUGUUCUGAAAUCAGAAUCACGUUUAAUUUCUCAAUUCGAUGACAACACUUUCGACGACUUCGAUGAAUUUGGGGAACCGGAGGAUGCUACAGGAACAGAUUUAAAAGAUGACGAUUUUGGAGAUUUCGAGAAUGUAGACACAGGCCCGUCUACGAGUUUCCGCGACGUGCUUUUCGAGCCAGAUGGUGCUACAGUUGGGUCCUCAUCGCGACCCUGGCGUCCACUACACCUGGAUCCACCCCUUUCUCGAUCUGAUUUGGAGUCUCAGAUAAACGAAACUUUAGGUCCUAUUUGGAAUAACGAAGACCUCUCAUCAUUCACCUCUGAUGACAGUAUUCGGGAAGCAGAAGGGAUUUCUCAAAUCUUAUGUACAUCCAGCAGUCGUGAAAUGUACAUGAUGUUACUGCAAACCCCACCUCCGACAAAACCUCCAAACUGGACUCGAUCUCGUAUACGUCGCCAACAUCUGAUAGCUCUAGGAAUUCCAGUCAAUCUUGAUGAAGUACUUCCUCGAGCCAACGUUAAACCACUGCCGCCUCUCGAAAUCCAUACCCGUCCUAUGUCUGCCCCUCCUGGAUCCCGUAGCCAAUACGGAAAUAAUAGUUCUGUAUCGAUGUCAAAGUCCAACUCAAGAUCGGGGACCCCCCAACCUGGGCAGCAGGGCAUAUUUGCUCAAUUCGGACCCAAACCUGAGUUGGAUACAACUCGCAUCAACAAAUUACUUCAGCUAAGCAGUGAAACGCUGACUUUACAACCACUGGCCAAUUUGGAACGAUAUCUUGCCGACAUUCGCUUACAAACGGCAAACACCUCGAAUUUGUUAACAUAUCUUCUCCAAUCCCGAGAUGCUUUGCAGCAAGAUUCGGAGACAUAUAAUGGCCUCAUUGCAGAAAUGGUGGGUGAGGCUCAAAAGCUGAAGUCAGGUAAACCGCCGAGUCGCAUGGGCAGCAUCCGAAGAGGAAGUGGCAUCUCUUAG